AUUUAUUGACAUUUAGGCUAAAACCCUAGAGGGAGACAUGACGGAAGGGGUUUAGCUCUGUCACUGUGAGAAUUUUGGUGAAGUUUUCCGUCGUUGAGAAAUGGCAGAGACCCAAGAGCAGAAGAAGCAAAGCAAAGUGCCGAUACUACCAUGGAUGCGAAGCCCAGUCGAUGUCACUCUCUUCGAGCAAUCCCCACUCGCUCUGCUCCCUUGUCUCGACCCCAGAUUAAUGGAGGCUUUGCAAGACAUGGGAUUCUCCUCACUCUUUCCAGUUCAAGUGGCAGUUUGGCAAGAGACAAUUGGACCUGGUGCCUUUGAACGUGACUUGUGUGUUAAUUCACCAACUGGGAGUGGAAAGACUUUAGCUUAUGCUUUGCCAAUAGUGCAAGCCCUUUCGACCCGUGCUGUCAAGUGUUUGAGAGCUUUGGUAGUGUUGCCUACUCGUGAUUUGGCCUUGCAGGUCAAGGAGGUUUUUUCUGCUAUUGCGCCUGCAGUGGGCUUAUCUGUUGGUUUGGCAGUCGGUCAGUCUUCCAUUGCAGAUGAGAUAUCUGAACUAAUCAAGAGACCUAAGCUCGAGGCUGGCAUUUGUUAUGAUCCAGAAGAUUUUUCACCUGGGCUGCAAAGUUCAGUGGACAUAUUGGUGGCCACCCCAGGAAGGUUGAUGGACCAUAUUAAUUCGACUAAGGGGUUUACGCUUGAGCAUCUUUGCUACCUUGUUGUUGAUGAAACAGAUCGAUUACUGAGGGAGGCAUAUCAAUCUUGGCUGCCUACGGUGCUCCAGAUGACUAGAUACGAUGAAGGUUUCUUUCCUCGUGCUCCCACUUUUCUCCCUUUAUCACUUGGUUCAUUAAAAACCAUUAGAAGAUCGGGUGUCGAGAGGGGAUUUAAGGGUAAACCUUACCCGAGGCUUGUGAAGAUGAUUCUUUCUGCUACUUUAACCCAAGAUCCAAGCAAACUAGCUCAGCUUGAUCUACAUCAUCCGUUGUUCUUAACAACAGGGAAAACACGUUAUCAAUUUCCUGAAAAAUUAGAAUCAUUCAAAUUGAUUUGUGAAACAAAAGACAAGCCUUUGUAUUUGGUUGCUCUUCUGCAAAAGUUAGAAGGAGAGAAGUGCAUUGUUUUUACAUCAUCUGUGGAGUCAACUCAUCGUCUAUGCACCUUAUUAAAUUUUUUCGAUGAUCUGCCAUUUAAGAUUAAGGAGUAUUCAGGUCUUCAACGCCAGUCUGUAAGAAGUAAAGCAUUGAAAGGAUUUCGGGAAGGAGAGAUUCAAGUACUUGUUUCAUCUGAUGCAAUGACUCGUGGGAUGGACGUUGAAGGGGUGAAAAAUGUGAUUAAUUAUGAUAUGCCUGCAUACAUAAAAACUUACAUUCAUCGGGCAGGUCGGACUGCUAGAGCUGGACAGGCUGGGCGUUGCUUCACUUUAUUGCGUAAAGAAGAGGUCAAGCAUUUCAAGAAGCUGUUACAGAAAGCAGACGAUAAUUCUUGCCCUGUUUACGAGAUGCCUUCGAGUUCUGUUGAAUCAAUGCAUUCAAUUUAUACUUCUGCUCUCGAAAAAUUGAAAGAGACAGUUGAGACAGAAGCAUCACAGAAGCGCAAAGUUGGGUUCAAGUAUUUGAGAGCAGCGGUGAAAACAAACGAAACACAUUCUUCCAAGGAAUAACUUAUUAACAAUCAAAGUUUUGCUCGUACGACAGAUCUAUGCGGGUUAUGAUACUAGAGUUUUGGCCCUUUGAAUUAAAAUGGAUGAGUGUUGAAGUCUGAAAAAAAUAGAAGAUGUCUUCCACUCAUCAUGGUUUCGGUAUGAUUUAUACAUAUUUUAUGUGCACUUUUAUGUUUCCUUAGGCUUCUUACUAAUCUCAAUCUAAACCAUAAAUGAUCAAUCUUGAUAUACUUUUGGUAUGUCUAAUAGUCAAAUUAUUUGUUUCUGUAAAGUAUAAGCAAAACACUAAUAUGAGAAAAGUGAAUUGAGAGAAAAACCAGCACAAUUCCAUAUUCCAUUCUCUAUUGCCAAGUACAGAAUCCUAUGUUAGACAAGACACAAAAGAAAAGGGAGAUAGAGAAUUUACAUGUGGAGCAACUCUACUAUACUAAUAUUCCAAUAGUUGUUCAAGACAACUAUGGAACCAAUACAACACUAAGCCCUUGUAUUGUCAUGCCAUAAUAAAUUGUGUUAUGUUGUAUGAUAUUGUUAUUUACCAACAAAAAAAAGAGUAAUCAACCCCAUACAACAAAAUUCAUCACAACAUGCCAACCCAACCAAAAGAAGAAGUACAUGAAAACUCCACAAGUUUUAUUUUUCUCAUGGAAGAUUUAUUCAGUGCUCGAAGAUUGAGAACAUCGGGACAUCCUUGAGAAAGUACUUUGAACUCAUGCUGCCGCCGCUGCUGCUGCUACAACUACGAGCUCUAGAACUAGCGCUUGUAGCGGUGGAAGUAGAAGUCGAAGGAGAAGCAGAAGAGGAUGAAAAGGCAACCUUUGAGUCAUUGCCGCAAACAUCUCUCUCUUCUUCCUUAAUGGUGUCAAGAACUUUGGUAGUUCUGUGCCUCAUGACUGUCACGAAUUGUGGUGGUGCAACCUCGGUGAUGAACCUUGCUAUGCGAGCAUUCGCCAUUGUUGAGAGCUCGAAAAUAGACAAAUAAAAUAAGAAGUUGGAAACAAAGGAAUGUGAGAGAAGAGAGGAUGUGGUUAUGAAGAUUUGGUUGUGGAU